AUGGUUGAUCUGUUCAACGAAUCUGGUCCAGAGUGUAACUCUUUUUCCCAAUCAGCCGAUAUACAAACAUUGUCAAUACGUAAAGAAUUUACCGGGUAUCAUCUUACAGAUAUUCUAACGGGAAACUGGACACGAAUAGUUGAUUUUGUUCCAUUGGCUCUUGAUGCGACUCCAGGUUAUGUUUUCCUCGUUCUCUCCUCUAACAGUGACGUGUCCAGAUAUCGAUAUUCAAUUCACUUUGUCAAUGAAAGUUAUUCUACAAUGACCCACCCAAUCGAAAGGACGUUCGAUCAUCGUAAUAUCAACAAUCUAAAUCGAACAAUGUCACAAAUUUAUUAUCACGGUUUUACUCAUCCACAAGUCAUAAUUACAUUUAAUCAGUAUUCUUACACCGACUCAAUUAAUUUGUGUCCAUUUCUGAACAAUUCAUGUAUUGAUUGUUUUACAACCAAAGUUUAUAAUCCGAAUGGUAAUUUUCUUCGAUAUUGUCAAUGGAGACGAGGAAGUUCAUUAACAUCGGGUGAAUGUUCAAUCGGCGAUACAGAUUCUACUGAUUCGAGAGAAACUACACUCACGAAUCAAACAGUAAAUCCAUGUUUCAGCCCAACUAAUAUCCAAGCAGACUACGUUUCUGGUGAACCAACAUUUGCAUGUGUAAUGACUGAUGGUAUGGAAGCCAGAACAAGAAGUGGAACAGAUUCAACUGAAGAUGAGGAUGAACAAAACAUGGUCAUUGAUCAAAAUGGUGCUAAUGAUGAUGUUAAUGCUGGUAAUGAUAAUGUUAAUGCUGGUAAUGAUAAUAGAGGUAAUGAAGGUAAUUCUGAUGAAGUUAAUUCUGCUAGAGUUAAUGAAGAUAAUGGUGAUGGAGAUAAUGGUAACGGAGGUAAUGGUGAUGAAGGUAAUUCUGAUGAAGUUAAUUCUGCUAGAGUUAAUGAAGAUAAUGGUGAUGGAGAUAAUGGUAACGGAGGUAAUGGUGAUGAAGGUAAUUCUGAUGAAGUUAAUUCUGCUAGAGUUAAUGAAGAUAAUGGUGAUGGAGAUAAAGGUAACGGAGAUAAUGGUAACGGAGGUAAUGGUGACAAAGGUGAUGAAGUUAAUGGAAAUAAUGGAUAUAACAAUGAAAAUGAUGUACGACAACCUUCAUUCACGGUAACUGCGAUUGUCUCUGAAAGAACCGAGCAAUCAACAUCUGCGGUCAAUUCACCUACUUAUGAAAAAACAUGGUCACCUGCAUCUCUUAACAAUGAAGAUGUAACAACAAAUAAAUCCACAUUCAUUAACAAAAUUAUUCAGAAAGCUCGAGCUGCCCCAGGUCUUUUAAGCCCUUGUAAAACAAAAAUGUGGACAGUAACACCAGAUAAUGAAUUAUUAACAUGGCAAACUUACCAUGAGAUCAGAAAGAUUUCAGAUUUAAUUGACCCAGAAGAUUUAGAUCCGAAAAAAGAAAUUGCAUAUGAAACAUUCAAAAAAUUUGCUGAUCAAAAGAGUGUACCAAUGGAUUAUGAUGAGGAGGUUAAGCGACAAUAA